AUGUCCUCGAAUCCCACAGCAAUUGCAGAUCCUGUUUUCCGAACGACAAUACCCAAUGUUCGAGCGUUGGCCAUCGCCAUCUCCCAUGUCGCGAUUAGUUUUUCUGCUGAAUCUAAACUCUUCGGUAGCAGUUCGAAAACAUAUCUAUCACGAGAAAGUUUGGACGAUUUUCGUGCACGCGAAGUUUUAAAGGAACAGGAAAACCUCGAGUUAAAUAUAUCUAGAUCGUUUACUAACAAUGGUAACGAAAAUGACAACGAGGAUAUUUAUUCUGCGAAAAAAGCUAUUUUAAACGCGGCUCUAAAUUUUGUGCCCACAUAUGGGUGGUCAAAACAGUCAAUCGCAAAAGGUGCUUUGAGCAUCGAUUACCCAACCGUAACCAAUGGUUUAUUUCCUCGUGGUGGAGUCGAACUAGUUCAGUUUUUUUACGGACAAUGUAAUGAAAGGUUUGUAGAAUAUCUAAAACAAGAAGCCGGGGAAAUCGAUAGAAUACAAAACCCAACCGAGUUCGCUCGACGUGCUAUCGAAUUGAGAUUGCGUAUGCUGAUCCCAUACAUCAAACAGUGGCCACAAGCACUGGGAAUCAUGACGUUACCACCGAAUGUUCCCAAUGCAUUAGCAAGCAUGCUUACCUUGGUGGAUGAUAUUUGCUACUAUGCUGGUGAUCGAUCAGUUGAUUUUAAUUGGUAUACAAGACGAAUAGGUUUAGCCAGUAUCUACAAAGCAACUGAACUAUAUAUGAUGCAAGAUAAUUCAAUCGACUACGAAAAAACCUGGCAGUUCCUCAAACGUCGCAUGGAAGAAGCGAGUGUUGUUCACGAUUUUCUCAUCAAGUCAGAAGGAGCUACAUCUCAUUUACAGAAUGCAGUUGGUUCUGCUUUUUCUACGGCACGAACCAUACUAGGCCUGAACUUCGAAAGACGAUGAUACGGAAGCUAAUCACAUAGUUUAUUCUCAAGUACUAGUCUCGUUAAGCUGUCUAACCUUUAGUCGAUUUAUAUUUUAAUUUACGACUAUUCAGCAUAUGAGAGUUCAAUAGACAAUGACUCAGUGCUGAUACGAAUUGCAACAAUGGAAGAUCCAAAACAGCAGCAUUCAAUAAUGUCACAUACUCGGCAAUAUUUUUCGGGCCAAGCCAUCAGCAAUAAUACAUUUGAACCUGUUCAUUGAUCACUUUCUGAAAUAAUUGUGGGUAAAUAAAAAGAAAUGAUUUGUCGAUAACGUCAUUUGUACGAUAUCUACGAAACUUGAAAUGUCAGUCAUAUGAUCUUCGAAAUUGACCCACAGGCCAAUUUUAGUCGCAAAUGACCCUGAAAUUAUUGAUAUCGGUCAAUCCACAUACAAAAAUAUUGUAGCUUUAAAACGACCCUAAGUUUGUUGAAAUCGACUCAGCCAUUUUUGAGAAAAUUGAUCACGAAAAAAAGGUGCACACAGAUCCACACACAUUUUCCUAUCUCGUCGAGCUGAGCCGAAUGGUAAAUAACACUAUGGGCCUCCGAGGCUCCUUUCGAAGGUCGGUUUUUCGGGUUCUAUUACGUUUUUAUAGAGAAAGGCAAAAAUGUUGUUUCCAAGUUACACGUACACUAAUUAGACAUGGUACAAAUACCCGAAACCCGAGCCGAACCUAAACUCGACAGGUAUUGGUCGGGUUCGGAUAUAGAAGUAAAGAUUUUUUUCGGUCUUAGGUCGAGGUAAAUGCGAUACGCGCAUUUCUGUAAGGUUUAUGACCGGGAUAUCCAAAAACGUGGAAAUGUCGCAUUUGGUUUGGGAUUGAAUGUAAACUGUACUUAGAAUAGAUCAUGCUAGGAUGGGAUAAUUUUUUAUAUUACAAUCUGUACCCUUACUCAUACAUUCAACUUCUAUCCAUUUGGAAUAGCUAUCCACGAACAAUAAAAAUUUAUGAUGUGAAAAAUGAAAAAAAAUCGAUGUGUACUCUACUAAAUGGCCCCUUAGUUGGCAUCCAUUUAGAUGUAGUUUUAACUUUUGGAAUAAUGACCAUAGAAUUACAAGUGCUACAACGCGUUACAAAGCUUUCUAUAUCAGUAUUAAUUCCAAACCAAGAAACCGACCGUCUAGCCAACUGCUUCAUUUUUACCAUCCCCGCAUGGUUGGCAUGCAAAAGUCUCAAUAUUCCGCCUUGUAAAGAUUGUGGUACUAUUACCCUGUCUCUAUAUAACAAACACUCGUCUACAAUUUUUAAUUCGUGUUGAUUUGAAACAACAUCAACAAAACGUUUAUCAAUACGUUUUGGCCAACCAUCACGCAGGAAUACAAUAAUAUUUCGCAGAAAUUUAUCAUUCUUUGUCUCCAUGGCAAUUUUCGCAUGAUCAAUCGGAAAACUUUUACUGAAAUUAAUGCUUUUAAUCAUAUCUACGUCCUAGUUUUUUGGAACUUGUUGUUCUAAAGGGAAACGUGAACAAAAAUCCGCGUUGCUCAUCUUCGUAGAAGGUCUUUAACGAAUCUCAUAAAUGGAAAGUUCCAAUAUACAACGCUGUAACUUGUAACACAAA